AUGCCGAUACUUCGUCUUCCUUAUCUUCGUGCCUCCCCUCUUUCCAUUCUCUUCCUCUCACCGAUUCUCUCCAGAACCGCCACCGUUUCUUUUUGUUCGGUGUCGGAGUUCGCCGUCUCCGUCGCGAAACGCGGUCCUCUCAAGCCUGGUCUCUACCUUGUCGGAACUCCCAUCGGUAAUCUCGAAGACAUCACUUUACGUGCUAUUCGUGUGUUGAGAUCUGCAGAUGUGAUACUUUCCGAGGACACGAGACACUCUGGGAAGUUGCUUCAGUACUACAAUAUUAAAGCUCAGCUUCUUAGUUAUCACAAGUUCAAUGAGGCGCAGAGAGAGCAGGCGGUGUUGCAACGACUGAAACAGGGAGAGAUUGUGGCACUUAUCAGCGAUGCUGGCACACCCGGAAUUAGUGAUCCCGGUACUGAACUUGCUAAAAUAUGUGCGAAAGAGAAUAUAGAUGUCAUUCCAAUCCCUGGGGCUUGUGCUGUAGUUGCUGCUCUUUCUGCCUCUGGUUUGGAGACAGAUGAGUUCACAUUCGUUGGAUUUCUUCCUAAGCAUUCUGGAACAAGGAAGGAGAGGCUGAUGGUUUCAUCAAAUGAGACAAGAACACAAAUAUUUUAUGUUCCCCCUCAUAAGUUAUCUCAGUUUCUUGAAGAAACCACCCCUUACUUUGGUGAAUCAAGGCAAUGUGUAAUAGCUCGAGAGAUUACAAAGCUGCAUGAAGAGUUUUGGAGGGGUUCGGUAGGGGAAGCCAAGCAAGAGUUUCUGAUUAGGCUACCAAAAGGAGAAAUCACUCUUUUGAUUGAAGGAAAGAAAGAAACAAAAGCUGAAAACCCAACGGAAUCUCAACUUGAAGAAGCGUUAAGAGAGCUGAUCUCUGAUGGGCAUAGCCUUUCAGCGGCGGUGAAAGUGGUGGCGGAAAGAACAUCGAUGAGAAAGAAAGAGGUAUAUUCGCUGGCAUUGAAGAAAUUCGGGAAGCAGAUUCAGGUAGAAGAUGAAGCUGAUGAGUAA